AGUACUUGGCUACUCUUGCCUUCUUCACAGCGGUCUGGGUAUCUAGGUGUAUUUCGAGAAUAUUUCUUGCCCCCUAUCGUCCAAUGAUGACUAAAUUACAAUAUCUGAAUGUGUAUCUAACUGAGCGUUUGAUGCAAGCUGCCGAGGAGAUACUUGGAGUGGUCGGAGACACGAUUUCCGAAUACCAGGAAGAAAUAGUCAGGACGAAGAGAGAGAACCAAUACCUGAAACAACACUUGAUCACACCGGUCUUCCCUGCUCCUCGGCCCAUUCUCUCUUGGGUCUCGGAGCAGCAAACUCCCCCUGAGCAACAGCACUGUGAGCAGGAGUGGAGCCCCAGUCUGGGGCAGGAGGUCACAGAGCCCACACAGAUUAAACAGGAACAGGGUGAACUCAGGACUCGUCGGGAGGUAGAGGAGAUUCAAGGGCCGGAGGCUGAUACCAAAGAAGACUCCAUAACCAUUCCUCCCUGUGUGAAAAGUGACUGUGAUCAGGAGCCACCUCAGCCCACACAUCUUCCCCAAACUGUGGAGAACAGAGAGAAGUACUCUCUACUGACCAACACAGCUGGACAGAUCAAAACAGAACCCGAUGGCGAGGGCUAUGGAGUAUCACUAUCAGAACCAACCAGUGACUCCCCUCAGUCUCAGCCCCUCUCUGCAGUAAAUCCAGACUGUUCUAGAACACAGAGUGAGAACACUGACAGUGUUACUGAUGUUUCGAGAGAUCCAGAAAGGAGACCAGAGGACACACAGACCCACUCAUGUACUCAGUGUGGAGCCGUGUUCUGUGAGCUUUCCCAACUGGAGGCACACAUGCUAUCCCACACAGUACCACACAGUGGUGACACUAGUCACAGGCAAAUCCUCUGCACAGUCUGUUGGAAGUCAUUCACCUCUACCAGUUACCUCAAGGUCCACCUGCGUUCUCACACUAAUGAGAAGCCCUUCCACUGUGGUGUGUGUGGCAAAAGCUUCAGCUACUCAGGCAGGUUCAGGGAGCACCAACGCAUCCACACUGGAGAGAGACCGUACCGCUGCCACGUGUGUGGUAAGCGCUUCAACCGGUCUGCACAUCUGAAGACCCACCUGAGGGUCCACACAGGGGAGAAACCCUACUCCUGUCCUGUCUGUGGAAAAGGAUUCAGUCAGUCCAGCCAGAUCAAGGGACACCUCAGAACUCACACCCGAGGGAGGUAGAAGAUUCCUUAGAGGGGAAGGAGCUCAUGAGGGGAUAGACAGAGCCUUCUGUUCUCAAAGUGCCUCCCUUUGCUUCACUUCUACAUAUAAUUGUAACACUAGAGGACUAUAGCAUGUGUGAUGUUUUGCAGACUGUAACUGAGCCACCUCAUGUCUGCAUUGAUUUGAGAGUUGCUUAAUAACAUGCUAUGAAAAGACUUGACCCUUAUGUAUCACUAGGUUAAACUAACUAUUUUAGAGAGAAAUAUAAUGUUCAUUUUGGUUAGAUUAAAAAAUAUAUAUAUAUCUUCUUGAUUUUCAAUAGGAGCUGGUUGGUCUCCUUGCAAAUAAACUAACUCUGUCAUAUU